AUGUCUUCUUUUGACAGUGUUGACAGUGCCUUUCGUUUCUUCCAUGAAGACGAGGACAUCAGGGUCGUUAUGGAUGAAGCAAUUGGUGAGAUAAAAGAAUGUCUCUAUGUCAACAGAGAAGAAAUCGACGGGGUCUGGAGCAACUACUGGCACGAUCCAGCAGACGAUGCCUUCAUGGCUCAAAUGGUGGCAUGCUUGGUUUUGAGACGCCGUCUCAGUAAUGGUCCGAAACAUGCUUAUGUUCGAGCCCCUCCUGAAAAAGCAGGAGACUCUCAAAAGUCCCAAUUUUUCUCUCGCCUUCAAGAACAAGUGUUGGUUGCAAUGUGUGGUCUGAUGUCCAGACAGUAUGGGAAAUUUUUGCUCUCGGGAAAAGCUCCAAAUGCGAUAGGUGGUCACUGGAAACUCUCAGAAAAGCUCACCAUCGCGGCUUUAUCGAUUGAACUAGCAAUAAAGAACCGUCCGGACGUUCAUGGCUUUGAGCUUUGUAUUUCAAGAGUCGCUGACGACUAUGAAGGGUUCAUUGAUGUCUAUCUUCGCGAAUUACAGUCCCCGUCCCUUCCAUUUCUGACUACCGAACGGCCCAAGGCCGGUGCCGCUGAACAUCUUAUUGGCACAAGUGCUCUUAUAGCCAGAGUAUCGACAUAUUCGGACCUUGCGGCGCUGGACAUACCAUUUGUGCCAUCUCUAAUCUCCAAGCACCAGGGUGAGACACAAUACCUCCGGCCAUCCCAGCCUACCACAAAGUCAAGUCGACGAAGCGGCCUGGACGUAAAGUUCUCUGCCAAGGAGGCCUGGUUGGGGCCGUCUCUUGCAAGAUCCUAUACCUCUUCGAUGAGUUCCGGCUACAGAUCUUUCAAAGCUGCAGUUAAGGAGCGCGAAAGCCUAAGCUCUGUGCACCGUUCACGCCUUCCUCCGGUUCCAUCUGUGAAUUGGUCGGAUUUUAUGAGUCCACCCUCGAUGCUUACGGCGAGUAUUCCUUCCGAUACCGCGAUGCACUAUUUCGAACCCCAUGCUGAGGACGAAGAUAUGACCUUGUGAAUGGUGCGACAUCAUGGCGAGGGUGCGAAUAACCAGUGAGUUUUCCCCGGGCAGCUAGAUGUAGGGAAAGUGCGAGAACAGGUCUGGAAUACUUGGAGUUCGGACGGAAAUGGGUCAAAUACUUCCGCGGCAUACUAAAGAUCAGCUAUCAGCGACGCUCUCAUUGUGUCUUGAGAGUGCCUCUUCCCAGGGAUGGAAAGUGCCUCCUGCAUGAUGAGGGGGCAUUGGACUGAUAUAGCCAGCUCCUGUAAUGCUGGGGGAGAGAGGUUCCUGUCCUAUAUACAAAAGCUCCCGUGUUUCGGGACAGUCUUUGAUUAAUGAAGUCUAUUCUAC